CUCUAUUUUCAGGCCGAACCCCACAUUCAACUCUCUAUUGUCAACCCAACAUCAAACACAACACACAAUUUUGAAGCCGAUAUCUCAAGCCGAAGCAACGCCCAAGCCGAGAAUUAAGAUUUAUCAUCAUCGGAUUCAUCAGCAACACCCAUCAUAAGUCAAUGGCGUCAUGUCAACGGCCCCCCUCCUCCUACGCCUAAACGGUCGCCCUCAAGCCUGCGAUCCAUGUCGAGCGCGGAAAGUAGCCUGCGACCACGGCCAGCCAACCUGUUCACGCUGCAGAAAGCGGAACGAGACCUGCGUCUACACCGUUUCGGGUGCCACAGUUAAGAAGCAACGGCUUCGGUCCCCCGUUCGCACCGAGCAUCAACCUCCACCACCGAGCACUGACUCGACGCCUUCACCCGCCGUGGCACCUGGUUAUCUCGGCUUCACCAGUCACAAUGCUGUCUUUGAAGAAACCCGGAACAGCCUCUCACUCGUCCACGGACCCCCGGUGGAGGUCGAGCCGAGGGCGACGAGGGGUAGAAGUGUGAUAGAUCUCCCGUCUCACUUGAGGGAAAUGAGUCUUUAUGUUCUUCGGUGUCUGCCUCAAUCUCAACAUGAUGUUAUGGCACAUAGACUUCACUGUCUCACAGACGGAUGGAUCUUCAGAGCGAUUCAGGAUGUUAUAGACACGCUCCACAAAGACUGGGGACGGUAUCUCUCGUCGCGAGAUGAUGCGGACCUGGAUGUGGUGGCGCGUCAUGUAAGCCAUAACACGGCACGCCCUUUUCGCGAUGAGCAUUCGAGUGCAAAGGCUUGGACUGAUCAAUUCAUGGGGAUUAAUAUCCGAUGGGAGUCGGUUGGGUUGAUCUGGACGUACUGGGAUGGCUCGCCGAGCUUCGAUGCGCCAGUUGUGGUCAAGUGUUUGGGGUAUUGCAUUGAGCUGGCUCGACAUUUCACACCUGGGAAUGACAUUAUGCUGUAUCUUUGCUACCGAAGAGUUACCACUGAAUCUCUCGUCUCAGGCGACGCAGGUUUGACAUGCUGGCGCUACUUUGCAGAGACCGUCGCACUCCUCACAUUCCUUGGUCGACACGUCGGAUCAGAAGACACAAACUACAUCCCCUCUCUCUGCUCCGAACACAGACGUCGCAUCACCGCCCGUGUCUUCAACAUCGACAAAGUCCUUGUCUCCUUUACGGGCCGUCCGCCGCUCCUCAGUCGCCGCUUCUUCUCAUCCCCUCUUCCAUUGGAUCUGACAGACUUGGACCUUGAGUCUGAUCAAGCUACUGUACGACAUGCGGUGCAAGAGUUAGAUGCCAAUGGGUUUCGUCACGUUGGUGAUCUGAAAGGAUCGUCUAUGGUUAGGGCGCGUUCGCAGAUUGCUUACAUUAAGGAUGAGCUCCUUGAGAUUGCACUUGCGAAUAGCGUCAAGGUCACUUUUGAGAGUCUAACUGAGAUCAAGGCUCGCGCUGAAAGGACGUAUGAGAGCUUCCCAGCAAAUCUCAUCCAUCGACCCGAUGAACUCGACGACCCAGACUGUGAUGUCCAAAAAGUAUACUCACGGAUUCUUAUUCGACUAGAACACAUGCAGAAUCUCUUCUUCGUGGAGAGGCUAUUGCUUCGUCUCGGCCACAUCGAUGAGAACCGUUUACUGCCGAUUAGCUUUGAGAUGGUCACAUUAACACUUCUCUUCUGGACACACCAAGAUCGCUUCUCCGGCAUGAGACGAGACUUUGAAUGGCUCGUAUGUACUCUGACCAUCAUCUUUUCUCUAUCUAACAGCUCCAGCUCAUGGCCUUCGCCGCCCCGGGAGGCGGUAUCCUCUGUCUCGAACUCCUCCGCCCAACAUUCCGCGGCACCCAUCCCGACUGCCCCAAACUAAGCCGCUCCGCCAUAAUCCAAAAGCUCAGUCUUUUGAUCGGAUUCCUCGAUUGGGUCCGUCCACCCGCCCCCAACGCCGAUCUCUGCGCAGACUGCAAAGCUGUUAUACAGGGUGUACUAGACCACAACCUCAAUGCGCCUAUUGCAGGUGGAGGAGCGCUGGAUACACUGGAUUGGGAUAUUCCGACGCAGCUGGACUUUAAUUUUGAUCUUUUGGAUACGUUUGAUUGGUUGAGGCCUGAGCAGUUAAGUCUCCCUGCGUGAGGUGAGGAAGUUCUGGAUCGUGGUGUUGGUUUCGGAGGGAGCUUGGAUAUGGACCCAGUGACUGGUGUUUAGCUUGACGGUUUGGAGAUUGGGGGUCCAUGAUGAAAGCAUUUGCUGCUGUUGGGCAGCGGAUUGCUCGGGCUCUGAUGGAACGAUGAAGAGAACGGGUUGUGAGAUGUGAAAGUCUUCAAAACCUUGUUCGUCAGGAGCGAAGAGGUUGUCUUUCCACAUGCGAUACCAUCGACACACGCCUUUAUACCCAUCAUGCGAGCCGAAUGCCUUUAGAUGUGCUUUCUGCAAAUCUUCGUUGUACCACGAUGCGAUGGGAAGUCUGCGAUCUUCACGCACAAAUUCCUCCAUCUUGCCCAGAGGAUGAAACCACGUCUCCCAUUCUUCCCGAUCGCGACAAAACAUCAGACUCAUCGUUGCUUCAGCGUUCUUCUCGAGAAGUUCCUGCGACCUGUAAUCGGCUAGCCAUGGGAUGUAUCCGAGCAUCUCAUACCCCAGAAACUGCUUGGUCAUGGUAUUGAUCAUGUCGACAUCGAACGGCGUCCCAAGCCUCGGCGGACCAACAGCCAGAAACACAAGAGCUUCCCAGCGCGAGGGAUGAUAAGCCGCCAUUCUCGAUAAAAGCGUCGCGCCGAAAUCAUGGCCAAUUCCAGCAACGGUCUUCAGGUCCAAAUGGUCGAGCAGCUCAAUGACCUCAUCGCUCAUCGGCUUGAGACGGUACGCGUUUACAUCUGUUGGCUUGCUACUUUCACCGUAGCCGAGCAGAUCCAGAGCGACGACGCCGUAUCCUUCGGAUGAGAAGUGUUGGAUUUGAUGGACGCAGUCUGUGAGGGUUGAUGGAAAGCCGUGAAGAAAGAGAAGGGUUGUUGACUGGGCGGUUGGAGGGAUGAAGAUGCAUGAGUACACAUUGCCGCUGUGAGCUGUAAAUUUCUGUCGCGCGGGCAAUUCGAGUGCCAUAUUGAUAUACUAUCAAUCAUUAAUUGAUGUAGAGUGGAAUUGAAGCGAUCGAACGGAGUGAUAAUGUCGUCUCGGAGCUUUAUACCCUCACGGAAAGUUCUCGGACACUUCCUCACCACCACCACGUCAUCACACCUCUCUCCCUCACGAAUCUUCAAUAUACCUCUCAUAAACCUCCCCAUAAAACCUCCUCCCAAUCUCCCUAUGACUCCUAACUUUCGUCCUCAACUGCGUCUCCCCCCAAGUAUCAUACAACCCCCUCACAAACGGAUUAUCCACCAUCCCCGCCUCAUCCGCCUCCUCACCGGUUCCCCACCGCUCAAAAUGCUCCUUCAACGAAGUCAUUGCCUCACGUCUCGUUAAAUCGCGUCGCACACCUUGAAAGAACGGAACGCUGAACCUUUCCUUUGGGGAGGACAGUACACGAUGCGUCGUCGCUUUGCAUAUCCCGUUAGUCACGACUUCAAACGCUUGGCCGAUGUUGACGACGAAAGUGUCCGGGAUGGCGGGGACGUCGAUCCAUGAGCCGGAUUUGUUGAGGACUUGAAGGCCGUGUACUUGGGGGGAUGCUUGGAGGAGGAAGGUCCACCAUCCUGAGGAAUCUUUGUGAGGACCGACGCCUUGGGAUGAGGUUGUUGAAGCUGGGUAGUGAACCAAUUUAAGACGAUGUUGAUCAGAAAGGUAUGAGAAGAAGAUCUCUUUCGGAAGAUCAAGAGCUUGGGCAACAAGUCGAAGAAAUCGUUCCCCUAGUAGUGUGAGUUCCUCAAUAUAUCGCGUAACAACACCCUUCAACUCCGGAAGCCCAGACGGCCAUUGAUUCGGCCCCCUCAACCCAUCAUACAGCGGCGCACCAUCAGGCGCUCUCUCAAGUUCCGUCGCAAGCUCAACUUGUUCUCUCAGAUCAGCUUUCCCAGCUGUAGUUUCCGUCCCGGCAGCGCUGUAUCCUAGAAAAUGCGGGGAGUUUUCUAGAGCGAUUUCUUGUUUUGCUUCUGGGGGGAGGGAAAAGAGUUCUGGGAGGAUGUUGAUGAGGGAUGUUAUUGUGGAGGUGGGGACGGAGUGAUUGGAGAUGUAGAGGAAGCCGAUUUCUGUGAGGGCGGUGCGGAGAUUAGAGAGCGUUUGAGGAGUGGGGGAUGAGAUGUCGAUUACGGGGAUUUGGGUGAACUCUUGGGAGGGCAUUUUGAUGAUGGUUGUUGAGUUAUGAAUGGAUACCUCAGUGAGUAGUGAGUACAGUGGUACGAGGUAAAUUGUUGGAUCACGCAAUGAGGGGUUCACUGAUGCGAUGUCGGAAGACGAUUCAAUAGCCACUGAACAAUACAUCAUCUUCAACAUACC